UAUAAAAAUGGUACCCUGCUAAUGCCAUGCUAUUCUUAUCCAGUUCACGCGAACAGUAGGUGACCAAAACCAAGGAGGGCCGCCAUGCACCCAGCACUGUUCAUGGAGACGCUCCAAGUCCAAGCAGCUCAUGCUGAGCUCUUUGCACGCGCCUUCCUCGCCCUCGUCGCCACCGUUGCCGUCCUCUACCUCACGCGGCUGCUGCUCGCGCCGCUCAAGAGGCGCGCCGCCGCCAGCUCGCCUUCCCUCCCGCGCCCGAGGGGCCUCCCCCUCAUCGGCAACCUCCACCAGCUCGGCGCGGUCCCGCACGACUCCCUCGCCGCGCUGGCCGCCAGGCACGACGCGCCGCUCAUGCUGCUCCGCCUGGGCUCCGUGCCCACGCUCGUCGUCUCCACCGCCGACGCGCUGCGCGCCGCGUUCCAGCCCAACGACCGCGCCAUGUCGGGGCGCCCGGCGCUGACCGUGGCCACCAGGAUCACCUACGGCCUGCAGGACAUCGCCUUCUCGCCGCCGGACGGCGCCUUCUGGCGCGCCGCGCGCCGCGCGUCCCUGUCGGAGCUCCUGGGCGCCCCGCGCGUGCGCGCCUUCCGCGACGUCCGCGAGGGCGAGGCCGCCGCGCUCGUCGCCGCCGUCGCGGCCGCGUCCGCGGCCGGCUCCCCCGUGAACCUCAGCGAGAUGCUCAUGGCGACGAGCAACAGGAUCCUGCGCCGCGUCGCGUUCGGUGACGGCGGGGACGACGGGAGCAUCGAGGCCGGCGCCGUCCUCGACGAGACGCAGAAGCUCCUGGGCGCUUUCUUCGUGGCCGACUACAUGCCGUGGCUGGGGUGGGUGGACGCGCUCCGGGGCCUGCGGCGGCGGCUGGAGCGCAACUUCCAUGAGCUCGACGCGUUCUACGAGAAGGUGAUCGACGACCACCUCAACAAGCGCGCGGAUUCCAAAGGCGAGGACUUGGUCGAUGUGCUCCUCCGCCUGCACGGCGAUCCGGCUUACCGGAGCACGUUCAGCAGCCGUAACCGGAUCAAAGGCAUCCUCACGGACAUGUUCAUCGCUGGGACAGACACCACCGCGGAGACGGUGGAGUGGACGAUGACGGAGCUGCUCCGGCACCCGGACAUCCUCGCCAAGGCUCAGCAGGAGGUGCGCGGCGGCGGCGGGGACAUCGUCCUCGAGUCCGACCUCCCGCGCCUCAAGUACCUGAAGCAGGUCAUCCGGGAGUCGAUGCGGGUGCACCCGCCGGUGCCGCUACUGGUGCCCCGGGAGACCAUCGAGCCCUGCGCGGUGUACGGCUGCGAGAUCCCGGCCGGGACGCGGGUGCUCGUGAACGCCAGGGCCAUCGGCCAGGACCCCGGCGCGUGGGGCCCCGACGCGGCGCGGUUCGUGCCGGAGCGGCACGCGGAGGUCGCCGACCUCAGCGACCACAAGCCGUGGCACGACAGCUUCUCGCUCGUGCCAUUCGGGGUCGGCCGGAGAAGCUGCCCCGGCGUGCACUUCGCCACCUCCGCCGUUGAGCUGCAGCUGGCCAACCUGCUCUUCUGCUUCGACUGGCGCGCGCCCAACGGCGAGGCCGUGGACCUGGAGCAGGAGACCGGGAUGACCGUGCACAGGAAGAACCCUCUCGUGCUCGUAGCGGAAAGGAGACGCGUGCAGUGAGAUCACCUCGUUGGCGUCCUUAAGACGACGACGAGUACGCUUUCGUGUAGUAUUCCGUUGCUGUAUUUCAGUACGUAGGAACCUAGCUUGCUAUACAUGUCGUCACGUAUAUCCAAUCCCUUUAUUUUUUUAGAAUGGAUGCUCGUAUAUCACUACUA